UGCCCCCCACCACACGGCUUCGCUCGCACGCUUCGCCCCCACCAAACAUGGCCGCCGUUCUCCUCACGUGAUCCGCGACGUACUUCCGAUAGUUGGUGGCGGCGGCCUAAUACUGAGGUGACGGGUUCGGAUUUGGAAGGCGCCGAAUUCGAGCCGGAGAGGGUCGGCGGGCGGUCCGAGUGUCCGGAGGAGUUGGCGGGCUUUCCGCUGUCCUUUACCUGACGUCGUUGUGAAGGGGUGACGUCAGAGGAGCCGGUCAUGUGAUUGGCACGGUCGUGGUGGAGCUAUGGACAAUUCCAUUCCCGAAGAACACAAGUUGGAGACCAUGGCGGUCGGCGAGAAUCAACAUGACGCCCUCCCAUCCCAAGAGGAUGGGUUGGAGCAAGGAAGUGUUAAAGAGGAGGAAGACGAUGACAUUCUGUCCAGAGGUGGUGCCGGUGACAGAGGUGGCAGAGAUCCUGAGGUGACCGUGGAGAUCGGAGAGACUUACCUGUGCCGGAGAGCUGACAACACUUGGCAUUCCGCAGAGGUCAUCCAAUCCCGGCUGAAUGAACAGGAAGGGCGAGAGGAGUUCUAUGUACAUUAUGUGGGCUUUAACAGGCGGUUGGAUGAAUGGGUGGACAAGAACCGGUUGGCGCUGACCAAGACGGCAAAGGACGCCGUUCAGAAAAACACGGACCAAUACCUGAACGAACUGUCCGAGCAACCGGAGAGGAAAAUCACCAGGAAUCAGAAGAGGAAGCACGAUGAGAUUAAUCAUGUUCAGAAGACGUAUGCAGAAAUGGAUCCCACCACGGCUGCACUGGAGAAAGAACAUGAAGCGAUCACAAAAGUGAAAUACGUGGACAAGAUUCACAUCGGCAAUUACGAGAUUGAUGCAUGGUACUUCUCUCCCUUCCCAGAGGAUUAUGGAAAGCAGCCGAAGCUCUGGGUGUGCGAAUACUGCCUGAAAUACAUGAAGUUUGAGAAAACUUACCGCUAUCACCUGGGUCUGUGUCAGUGGAGGCAACCGCCGGGAAAGGAGAUCUAUAGGAAGAACAACAUCUCGGUGUAUGAAGUGGACGGGAGAGACCACAAGGUGUACUGCCAGAACCUCUGCCUCCUGGCCAAGCUCUUCCUAGAUCACAAAACGUUGUACUUCGAUGUGGAGCCGUUCGUGUUCUACAUCCUGACUGAAGUGGAUCGGCAAGGGGCCCACAUUGUUGGCUAUUUCUCCAAGGAGAAGGAGUCUCCGGAUGGAAAUAACGUGGCCUGUAUCCUAACACUCCCGCCAUAUCAGAGACGCGGCUAUGGAAAGUUCCUCAUCGCUUUCAGUUAUGAGCUGUCCAAGCUGGAAAGCACGGUGGGUUCACCAGAAAAACCGUUGUCUGAUUUGGGCAAAUUAAGCUACCGCAGCUACUGGUCCUGGGUGCUGCUGGAGAUCCUGCGGGACUUCCGGGGGACGCUGUCCAUCAAAGACCUCAGCCGUAUGACCAGCAUUACUCAGAAUGACAUCAUCGGCACUCUGCAGUCACUGAAUAUGGUGAAAUACUGGAAGGGGCAGCAUGUCAUAUGUGUCACCCCCAAACUGGUGGAGGAGCAUCUGAAGAGCGCACAGUAUAAGAAGCCCCCGAUCACAGUGGAUUCCCAGAACCUGAAAUGGACCCCCCCAAAGCAUAAAACCAUAAAGACCACCAAGAAAUGACCCCCAGAGCCCACACCGAGAAUCGGAAGAGUCACGUGAUUGCGCCACCGCCUCCCUAUCCGCAACCGGGAAAAGCGUACGGUGCCGGGUUUGCGUCGCCACACCUCAGAAGGGGGAGGAGACCGGAGUCUGCCGGCUGUGGGAACCGUUCAUUGGUUUGUCGUUACAGAUUUUGUUUUGUAGUCCUGCCGUACCCCGGACAGUCCUAUUUCUAUUCACAAGACAAAAAGACUUCAACUUUUUAUUAAUUCUAUUCUAAGAAUUCGGUGGAAGCAA